UCUACGUCACGUCCGGCCCCGCCCCAGCCGGCUCGCGGACGGUGGCCGACAGGCCGUGUCGCCGCUAGCGCUCAGGGCGAUGCAGCUGCCACCCGCGCUGCACGCACGCCUGGCGGGGGCACCCGGGUCGGCCGAGCCUCUCCCCGUGGAGCGGGACCCCGCGGCCGGGACCGCGCCCUUCCGCUUCGCGCCGCGCCUGGUGCGCUUCCCACGGGAGCACGACUUCUUCGAGUACGGGGAUGUGCAGCGGCACCUCUACCUCCAGGAUGUGCUCACGCAGGUGGGCGGGGCUCCCGAGAGGCCCAGGGUGCCCGAGUUCACCUGUCAGGUGGCCGGCUGCUGCCAGGCGUUCGGCGCCCUGGACGACUACGAGCACCACUACCACGCUCUGCACGGCAACGUCUGCUCCUUCUGUGAGCGGGCUUUCCCUUCUGGACGCCUGCUGGACGCCCACAUCCUGGAGUGGCAUGACUCGCUCUUCCAGAUUCUGGCCGAGCGGCAGGACAUGUAUCAGUGCCUGGUGGAGGGCUGCACAGAGAAGUUCAGAACCAGCAGAGACCGGAAGGAGCACCUGGUGAUGUGUCACCUCUACCCUGCGGACUUCCGCUUCGAUAAACCGAGGAAGAACAGAGGCCCAGCCAUGCCCGGUGCCGCUGAGCAGGUGUUGGCAGAAGCCCUGGCGGAUGACGGGGUGCCUUCGGAAGGCGACGCCAUGGAAGUCUGCUCUGAACACGUGGAGCCCCCACCAGAACCCGCGGGAGAGAGGCGGGCCUACAGCCACAGGAUACCAUCUACCAUCUGUUUUGGUCAAGGUGCCUCACGAGGAUUUAAAAGCACCAAGAAGAGAAAUAAGCACCAGUAACGGCGGUUCCUCUGCGGCCCUGCGGCGGUGUUGCCGGGCUUUUCCUCUCGCCCCGCGGGGGCCCCAGGACCCUGGCCCGUGCCACCCUCCAUGUCGCGGGCCUGUGACCAACUGAACGAGGCCGGUGGCUAUGUGGGAAGCCGUGGGGGAGCCACGGAUUCCGGGAAGGGCCCCCUCGUGCGGUGACUGGGGUGUUGGGAGCAGCCCCCGCCCCCCAAUGUCCUUGUGAAACACGUGGAGUAAAUGGUUAUCGUUCACGGUCUCUGGUCGGCAUUCUGUGUUGGGGGGAGGGAGAUCAGCAGCAGUUACUGGUGAGGACUUUGUUUUCAGCAGCCACGG